AUGUCCGCCGUGCCGCUUAAAGUGAGCUCCACCGGCUGCGUCGCCUUUUACGCCCCUAAACUCACGUCCAAGCGCGCGCAGAGACGCGCCGACAUCGUGAGAACGCGCGCCGAGUGCGAUGACGUGACGAAACCUUCGGAAGCGUCAUCGAUGGAUGAUUCUCGACGAACGCUCUCGCGACGACCGUUGAUCGUGCUACCGCUCGCGAUGGCGAGCGCGUCGACGGCGAGAGGGACGGCGCACGCGAGCGAGUUCGCGACGCCGGAGGCGAUGGCGGUGCUCGAGCGCAAGGGGCCGAUCGCGUACAGCGACGAGGAGUGGAAGCAGAGGCUUGAGCCGUUCUCUUACAAGGUGCUGAGAAAAGAGGCGACGGAGCGACCGUUCUCGAGCGAGCUGAAUAAGGAGAAGAGAGUGGGGACAUUCCUGUGCGCGGGGUGCGGGACGCCGCUGUUCGAUUCUAGGGCCAAGUACGACUCCGGAACGGGUUGGCCGAGCUUUUACGAGCCACUCCCAGGGGCGGUGAUGGAGGUUCCUGAUUUCUCAAUCAUGUUCCUGCCGCGAAGUGAGAUUCGAUGCAAGGCGUGCCAGGGUCACUUGGGGCACGUUUUUGAGGACGGUCCGCCGCCCACAGGACUGCGGUACUGCAUGAACGGGGCGGCGAUGCGGUUCGAACCAGAACAAUCUGCGUAG